GUUAUACAUAAUMACAACUCAAGCAUUGUUAAAGUCAUCGAAAUGCUUAAUCCUUUUAUGGACAGCGCGACUGCUGCUCACAUGCAUCAGACCAUCAAAUUAAGUCCCUCUCACCCCACCGAUGCUUCAAGUGUUGUGGGCGUUGGUGUGGGUGUAGGUGCUGUUGGACAGCAUCAACCAAAUCAUCAGACUUUCGGAACCCAGAAUGGCUAUGGUAUGCAUCAUCCACCCCAUCAUCAUCACCAUCACGGCUAUGCUACCCGUGAUUUCCUAUUACGGCGCGAUCCACAUAUGCCUACUCUUGCGGGUAGUCUGGCCACACACGAUGCCUUAUCGGCUAAUACAGUCCAACCACAUCACGCAACUUCAAUGUUUGUGUCCGCUUCUCAAGCACUUCAUGGUCCUCAUCACACCAAUGCAGAUACUCAUGUGUUAUUCCCCAGUCUUGAUCACCACCCGGCCGCACAUCACCCGCCACCUCAUAUGAAUGGACAAAUGAGACUAACACUACCGGGCACUGAUAUGUACGGUAGACCUGAGCAUAGUUUUAAUCAAACUCCACGCAAUGAUCAUCACCUAACUGGUCAUUAUGGACCAAUGAAUCCAAUGGGUCACAUGAAUCAUAUGAAUAUGCAUCACACAGCACAUGCUUCGGGCGCUUUCUUUAGAUAUAUGAGGAACUGUCCCAUAAAGCAGGAGAUGACAUGUCUAUGGAUAGAUAACGAACAGUCCAGUCCUAAGAAGCCGUGCAAUAAGUCAUUCACAACAAUGCAUGAAAUAGUGACUCACAUUACUGUAGAGCACGUCGGGGGACCCGAGUGUUCAAAUCAUGCAUGUUAUUGGAGUGACUGUUCCCGUAAUGGACGACCAUUUAAAGCCAAAUACAAAUUAGUCAAUCAUAUCAGAGUCCAUACCGGAGAAAAACCAUUUCCCUGUCCGUUCCCAAACUGUGGCAAAGUGUUUGCUAGAAGUGAAAACCUAAAAAUUCAUAAGAGGACACACACUGGCGAAAAACCAUUUAAAUGCGAGUAUGAAGGCUGUGAUAGAAAAUUUGCCAACAGUUCCGAUCGCAAGAAGCACUCACACGUACACACCAGUGACAAACCCUACAACUGUAAGAUCCGGGGCUGCGACAAGAGUUACACACAUCCCAGUUCACUGAGAAAACAUAUGAAAGUUCACGGCAAGUCACCACCACCACCACCAUCAGGGGCUCCUGGAUCUACCAGUUCUGGUGCCGGUUCUGGUUAUGAGAGCGACGGCAAUACUAACAAUGCAAUCAACCAAAUGAAUGGCUCUACCAAUGGUCCGACUGUGUUAUCGCCAAUCAAUGCUAAUAAUACUGUCCUAUCAAAUAGUCAUCACACAACACAUACAACAAACUUAAGUGAAUGGUAUGUCUGUCAGUCGGCAGCGGGAAUGCCAACACCACCGAGCAAUGAGCACUCGCCUGUAGGACAUCCAGCAAUGCCUUUCCAUCAUCACCAUCAUCUACACGCUGCUACCUCUUACUGAUAAUUAUUAACUCAUUAACUCAUUAUUUAUCGGACCAU